CAGUGCUCCCCUGCGCUGAGGGCCACCGGCAGGCGCCUCCUUCCCUUGCCAUCCCCGAGCAAGCUGUGGCGGGAGUGCCUGGCUAAUCCCCCUCCUCCUCGCCCGGUGCGGGCAGCGAGGUGACGAGGGGUUCUUCUUCCUGCCCCCAUCCCAUUGUACGAUCGCCCGGGGGAAGCCUUCGGCUCCCCCCAGCGAACUAUUCAGCCGGCCGCCGGGAGACAAGGGCUGGUUUAUUGCCGCCAGCAAAGCCUGGCUCUGCAGCCGCCGCCGCCAAACUCCGACCGCAGCCGGUGCGGGAAGCAGGCAGCGCUCUGCUGGGCUUUGAUGUCUUGGAGAUGCCGCAGCUCCUCGCCCCUGGCCGUGCUGCAGCCGGAAUCUGAGCCCAGCGCCCCAGGAGCAGAAUCUGUGCCCCGCUCUACCUCCCCAGCCCAGCCGCUGUCCCGCCGGCUCCCGGCGACUGCUCAGCCGGGGACACCCAAGGCUGCCUUCGUUUUUUCAUUGGUCGGUGAUGUGUCUAUUUACAUCCGCACCGAACUUCUCCGAACAUCAGCUGAAUUUGGGUUAUGGGCAAGUCGGAAAGCCAGAUGGAUAUAACUGAAAUGAACACUCCAAAACCAAAGAAAAAACUGCGAUGGAGCGCCCUUGAAAUAGGGCUAGUUGUUAUAGUGAUUCUCCUAACUAUUAUAUCUAUCACAAUGAUAGCUCUGUAUGCAACAUAUGAUGAUGGUGUUUGCAAGUCUUCAGACUGUAUAAAAUCAGCAGCCCGAAUCAUUGAGAAUAUGGACACUACUGCAGAACCUUGUAAAGAUUUUUACCAAUAUGCCUGUGGAGGAUGGUUAAAGAAGAAUGUCAUUCCAGAGACCAGCUCCCGUUACAGCAACUUUGACAUUUUAAGAGAUGAACUAGAAGUUGUUUUGAAAGAUGUCCUUGACAGGGACAACAGUAAUGACAUAGUGGCAGUGCAGAAAGCAAAAACUCUGUACAGAUCAUGUAUAAAUGAAACUACUAUUGAUAGUAAAGGUGGAAAACCUUUAAUCAAUAUAUUGCCACGGGUGUCUGAAUGGCCUGUAGCAACAGAUAACUGGGACUCUGCAUAUGGUGCCAGUUGGACAGCUGAAACAGCUAUUGCACAACUGAAUUCACAAUAUGGGAAAAGGGUCCUUAUUAAUUUUUUUGUUGGCACAGAUGAUAAGAACUCCACAGCGCAUAUCAUUCAUAUUGAUCAACCUGGGCUUGGUCUGCCUUCUCGUGACUACUAUGAAUGUACUGGUGCAUAUAAGGAGGCGUGUUCAGCCUAUGUGUCUUUCAUGAUUUCUGUGGCUAAGCUAAUUCUCCAAGAAAAAAAUCUCACCAUCAAUGAAAGCCAGAUUUCUAAAGAAAUGGAAAGAGUUAUGGAUCUGGAGAUAGAGAUUGCCAAUGCUACAACUAAACCUGAAGACAGAAGCGAUCCAGUUCUGCUGUACAAUAAAAUGACAUUAACAGAACUCCAAAAUAACUUCUCUUUGGAGAUCAAUCACAAGCAAUUCAACUGGUCAGAAUUCAUAAAUAAUAUAAUGUCAACUGUGGAAAUUAAUGUCAAGAAUGCAGAAGAUGUGGUUGUUUAUGCUCCAGAAUAUCUAACCAAACUAAAGCCUAUUCUUAAUAAAUAUACUUCCAGAGACAUUCAAAAUUACAUGAUUUGGCGAUACGUAAUGGAUCUUGUAAACAGUCUAAGCCGUAACUACAAGGACACAAGGAAUGCUUUUCGUAAGGCACUUUAUGGCACAACAUCAGAAACAGCUGUUUGGCGGCGCUGUGCAAACUAUGUCAACGGCAAUAUGGAGAAUGCAGUGGGACGGCUGUAUGUAGAGGAAGCAUUUGCUGGAGACAGUAAACAUGUGGUUCAAGAAAUGAUUACACAAAUUCGUGAGGUUUUUAUAACAACGUUAGAUGAACUCACUUGGAUGGAUGCAGAAACCAAAAAGAAAGCAGAACAAAAAGCUACAGCAAUUACAGAGAGGAUCGGCUAUCCAGAUGAUAUCAUAACGGAUAACAAUAAACUGAAUAACGAAUACCAAGAUCUGAACUACAAAGAGGAGGAGUACUUUGAGAACAUCAUUCAAAGUUUGCUAUUUAGCCAAAGGAAGCGGCUGAAGAAGCUCAGAGAAAAGGUGGACAAGGAACAGUGGAUAAGUGGGGCUGCUGUCGUCAAUGCCUUUUAUUCUGCAAGCAGGAAUCAGAUAGUCUUCCCUGCAGGCAUUUUGCAGCCACCUUUCUUCAGUGCCUCUCAAUCCAAAUCACUGAAUUAUGGUGGCAUUGGUAUGGUCAUUGGCCAUGAAAUCACUCAUGGAUUUGACGACAAUGGUAGAAAUUUUAAUGAAAAUGGGGACCUCAUGGACUGGUGGACGCAAGAAUCAGCACAACAUUUUAAGGAUCAGUCCCAGUGUAUGGUAUACCAGUAUGGAAACUUUUCGUGGGACCUAGCAGGUGGAAAACAUCUGAGUGGAAUCAAUACUCUGGGAGAAAACAUUGCUGAUAAUGGGGGUGUUAGACAAGCUUAUAAGGCCUAUGAAAACUUUGUCCAAAAAAAUGGAAAAGAAAAACUGCUUCCCGGGCUUGACAUGAACCAUAAGCAGCUGUUCUUCCUGAACUUUGCACAGAUAUGGUGUGGAACGUACCGUCCAGAAUAUGCUGUCAACUCCAUUAAAACUGAUACGCAUAGCCCAGGCAAAUUCAGGGUCAUAGGAUCAUUGCAGAACUCUGCAGAGUUUACCGAGGCCUUUUCAUGCACCACGACAGAGUACAUGGACCCUGCAAAAAAGUGCCGUGUUUGGUGACAGAGCUAUAAACCAGGCAGCCCAAGGACAAACUGCCCAAACAAACAGAAAUUUGGAACUUACUGGGAGGACUGGGGGAAGGAAAUGUGCUACAAAAGUCAUUUGUUAGAGGACAAAAAAAAAUAUCUGUGAGAUCAGAGAUUCAAAACAAUCAGUUCUUCAAAUUAAGGUUUAUUGCCAAGGCAACAAAUAUAAUAUAUAAGCUGCUUUUUUAU